GAGAGAUCUGGAGGGGAAGAAGAGGAGACGCAGGGCAGAAAGAAGAGAGAGGAUCACACUCGCCCAGCAGCAUCCACAGGCCAGACUGGGGACAGUGCUGCUUCCACCGCUCCUCGGAUGGUGACAGGAUCUCGCCGCGGACGCAGUCCCCCCGAGCCCCGGCUCUGCAGGCCCUCACUGCCGGAGCCCCGCAGGAAUCAUGCCCAGGUCCUUCCUGGUUAAGAAGGUCAAACUUGACACAUUCUCUUCUGCAGACCUCGACAGCUCCUACGGGCGCGCCCGCAGCGAUCUUGGAGUGCGACUGCAGGAUAAAGGAUACCUCAGUGACUACGUGGGGCCUGCGUCUGUCUACGAUGGCGACGCUGAGGCGGCGUUGCUCAAAGGGCCAUCCCCGGAGCCUAUGUAUGCUGCGGCUGUGCGCGGAGAGCUGGGUCCUGCGGCCUCUGGCUCAGCACCGCCGCCUACCCCUCGCCCAGAGCUGGCUACUGCUGCGGGUGGCUACAUCAACGGCGACGCGGCGGUCAGCGAAGGCUACGCGGCUGACGCCUUCUUCAUCACUGACGGGCGUUCACGCCGUAAAGCUGCUAAUGCCAACGCUGCCGCGGCUCCCUCCACAGCCUCGGUGGCUGCCCCCGACAGCGACACUGGAGGGGGGGGCGGGCCGGGCACGCGAGGUUCCGGAUCAGGGUCCGCUAGUCGGGGCAGCGGGCGCGUGGGGGCGGGCACCGAGGCGCGUUCCGGACCAGGAGCCCCGGGCGCUGGUGGCCGGCACGCGUGCGGCGAGUGCGGCAAAACUUAUGCCACGUCGUCGAACCUGAGCCGCCACAAGCAAACGCACCGCAGCUUAGACAGCCAGCUGGCAAGGCGUUGCCCAACGUGUGGCAAGGUGUACGUGUCCAUGCCGGCCAUGGCUAUGCACCUGCUCACGCACGAUCUGCGCCACAAGUGCGGCGUGUGCGGCAAAGCCUUCUCACGGCCCUGGCUGCUGCAGGGCCAUAUGCGUUCUCACACGGGCGAGAAACCUUUCGGCUGUGCGCACUGCGGCAAGGCCUUCGCCGAUCGCUCCAACCUGCGCGCACAUAUGCAGACGCACUCCGCCUUCAAGCACUUCCAGUGCAAGCGCUGCAAGAAGAGCUUCGCGCUCAAGUCUUAUCUCAACAAGCACUACGAGUCAGCCUGCUUUAAGGGCGGCGCCGGCGGCCCCGCAACCCCUGCGCCGCCGCAGCUCAGCCCGGUUCAAGCCUAGGGCAGCGGAGCUUCCGCUAGCCAGGUCGGCUCUCAGCAAUACGGGCCCCCCAGGGAAGUCUCCGCUGGCGUCCGGGCCGAGGGGCUGGAGGGCGGGCCCCUCCUCACAGCAAUAGGGGUAGGGAGCCGGCCCCACCCCGCCCAGCUCGCCAAGAGACUUGCCAGCCCCUUCAAGCAAUAGGGUCCCGAGGGGAGACCCAUCCCGAAACCCCUCCCCUCUCCUCCAGGGUGCCCCAGGCUUUCUCCCAGCAAUAGGGUCGACCAGACCCAGAACCGAACCUCAUCUCUUAGUUGGGUCUCUAAAGACAGGGGAGAGGUGAGGUAAGGAGCGCCCUCCUCCGUCCAAUGCGCCCCUGGAUCGCGUUGCAGAGACUCA